UUUCUUUUUCAUAGUCAUAGUUAGUCGUCAACUUCUGGGACAAAGUAGCCAUAAAAUAUUAUUAUAAAAUUUUUUAAAUAAAAUAUACAAAAUGUUGCCUAAAAUUGGUUUAAAAUUGAUUUUAGUACUUUUGUUAAAUGUAUUUUCCACUGAUGUUAUUGGUUUUGGUCACAGUGGUCAACAACAACAACAACAAGCAGAACAUGGAGGUUUUGGUGGUCAACAACAGCAGCAACAAGAGAAUGGAGGUUUGGGUGGGUUCGGUGGGGCCCUACAGCAGCAACAACAGCAGCAACACGCUGGACAUGGAGGCUUAGAUGGUUUCGCCGGCGCUUUACAACAACAGCAACAACAACAGGCAGGAAGUGGUGGUUUUGGAGGAAUUGGCGCUCAACAGCAACAACAGCAACAACAAGCAUCUCUGGCCCACAGAUACGGUCUCGGAAUUUAUGGUCACGGAUACGGUGCUGGACUGGCUGCACAACAACAACAACAGCAACAGGCAGGAAUUGGUGGUAUUGGGGGAUUUGGUGCACAGCAGCAGCAGCAGCAACAACAACAAGCUGCCCAUGGUGGUCAUUUUGGGGGUAUUGGAUAUCCAUAUGGUAUUUAUGGUCUGGGACACUAUGGCUUGUAUAAUGCUGGAUUGUAUGGUACAGGAUUAGCUGCCCAACAACAACAGCAGCAACAACAACAAACAGGAAUUGGUGGAUAUGGAGGACUUGGGGCACAACAACAACAACAGCAACAACAAGCAGCUCUCGCACAUCCAUACGGUCUCGGUGGAUACGGAUAUGGAUAUGGCGCAGGACAGCAACAACAACAACAACAAGCUGCUCAUGGUGGUCAUUUUGGUGGUAUUGGUUAUCCAUAUGGUAUUUAUGGGAUCGGAUUGCACGGUGCUGGACUGGCAGCUCAACAACAACAACAGCAACAACAACAGGCAGGAAUUGGUGGAUAUGGUGCACAGCAACAGCAGCAACAACAACAACAAGCUGCCCAUGGUGGUCAUUUUGGAGGUAUUGGAUAUCCAUAUGGUAUUUAUGGUAUUGGUUUGCAUGGUGUUGGACUGGCUGCUCAACAACAACAACAGCAACAACAGGCAGGAAUUGGUGGUAUUGGAGGAUAUGGUGCACAACAGCAGCAACAACAACAAGUAGCCGCUGGUUUAGGUGGUCUUGGACACUAUGGAUUAUAUGCUGCUGGACUAGCCGCCCAACAACAGCAGCAACAACAAGCAGGAUUGGGAGGUCAACAACAACAGCAACAACAACAAGCUUCAGUAGCCGGAGGUUUAAGUCAUGGACCAUAUGGCUUAUAUGGUGCUGUACCUAUAGGUUUAUAUGGUGCUGGGCUGUCUGCUCAACAACAACAGCAACAACAACAACAAGCAGGAUUAGGAGGUCAGCAGCAGCAGCAACAACAACAACAACAAGCUGCACUAGCUGGAGGCUUAAGCCAUGUACCAUAUGGCUUAUAUGGUGCUGUACCUAUAGGUUUAUAUGGUGCUGGACUGUCUGCCCAACAGCAGCAGCAACAGCAACAACAAGCAGGAUUAGGUCAGCAGCAGCAGCAACAACAACAACAAGCCGCACUAGCCGCAGGUUUGGGCCAUGGCUUAUAUGGUGCUAUACCUAUAGGUUUAGGUUUAUAUGGUGCUGGACUUACAGCCCAACAACAACAACAGCAGCAACAACAACAAGCAGGAUUAGGAGGUCAGCAGCAGCAACAACAACAACAACAACAAGCUGCACUAGCUGGAGGUUUAAGCCAUGGACCAUAUGGCUUAUAUAGUGCUGUGCCUAUAGGUAUAUAUGGAGCUGGAUUGUCUGCCCAACAACAGCAGCAACAGCAACAACAAGCAGGAUUAGGUCAGCAGCAGCAGCAGCAACAACAACAAGCCGCACUAGCCGCAGGUUUGGGCCAUGGACCAUAUAGCUUAUAUAAUACUGCACCUAUAGGUUUAUAUGGCGGUGGACUUACAGCCCAACAACAACAGCAGCAGCAACAACAAGCAGGGUUAGGAGGUCAACAGCAGCAACAACAACAACAAGCUGCACUAGCUGGAGGUUUAAGCCAUGUACCAUAUGGCUUAUAUGGUGCUGUACCUAUAGGUUUAUAUGGCGGCGGACUUGCAGCCCAACAACAACAACAACAGCAACAACAAGCAGCUGCGGGUCUCGCGGGUGGUUAUGGAUUAGGCGCUGGUCUCCAACAGCAGCAGCAACAACAACAAGCCGGCUAUAGUGGUGGUCUAUUGCAUAACUUAUAUUCAGUUCCACAUACACUGCUGGGUGGUUAUGGUAGUGGACUGGCAGCUCAACAGCAGCAACAGCAACAACAAGCAGGAUUAGGAGGUAACCAACAACAGCAGCAACAACAACAACAAGCAGGCUUUAGUGGUCUGACGGCUGUUCCACAUGUACUUAUAUAAGCCUACUAUUUAAUUAAAUUCAUUAUUUUAUUUUAUAAGUUAUUAUUUCACAUUAUAAUUUAAAAUAAAACAAUCAAUAUUUUGUGACAUUUCAAACUUACAAAAAUAAUAAUUAUC